AUGGCGGUCAAGGCUCCAUGGUUGGGUUUCUUGUUUCUGGUUUCCCUCUGGGGGCUGUCAUCUCCAGCCCUGCUCCUCAGGCGCCUGAGAGAACACAUUCAGAAGUCCCAGGAGAGCUCUAGCCUGCACCUAGGCAUUGGCCUAAGUCAGGGUCCUGCGGCUGUCCCCAAACAAGGAUGGUUAGAGCAGCCACUGGAUCCCUUCAAUGCAUCUGACAGGCGAACCUUCCUGCAGCGGUACUGGGUGAAUGAUCAACACAGAGCUGGCCAAGAUGCACCAGUAUUUCUACACAUAGGCGGCGAGGGCAGCCUUGGGCCUGGCUCAGUGAUGGCAGGGCAUCCUGCAGCACUGGCCCCUGCCUUGGGGGCCCUGGUGAUAAGCCUGGAACACAGAUUCUAUGGUCUGAGUAUGCCUGCUGGGGGCCUGGACAUGGCCCAGCUUCACUAUUUGUCCAGCCGCCAUGCGUUGGCUGACGUGGCCUCUGCCCUUCAGGCGCUUUCCCGCCUCCUCAAUGUGUCUUCCUCCAGCCCUUGGAUCUGCUUCGGAGGCUCCUACGCUGGUUCGCUGGCGACCUGGACCCGGCUGAAGUUCCCCCAUCUCGUCUUCGCCGCCGUCGCCUCCUCCGCGCCGCUGCGUGCGGUAGUGGACUUCGCUGCCUACAACCGGGUGGUGGCCAGAAGCCUGACGCGAGCUGCCAUAGGGGGGUCACAGCAGUGCCUGGCGGCGGCCUCCGCAGCCUUCGCGGAGGUGGAGCGGCUGCUGCGCUCAGGCCCGGCAUCUCAGGCGGUGCUCCGGGAAGAACUGGGCGCCUGCGGGUCCCUGCACCUCACCGAAGACCAGGCCGAGCUGCUGGGGGCGUUGCAGGCGCUGGUGGGGGGCGCCGUGCAGUACGACGGGCAGGCGGGAGCGCCGCUAAGCGUGCGCCAGCUCUGCGGACUCCUCCUCGGGAACGGGGGCAACGGCAGUCACUCCACGCCCUACCUCGGGCUCCGCCGAGCGGCGCAGAUAGUCUUGCGCAGCAUGGGCCAGAAGUGUUUAAGCUUUUCCAGAGCGGAGACGGUGGCACAGCUCAGAAACACCGCACCUCAGGUGUCUGGCGUGGGGGACCGGCAAUGGUUGUACCAGACAUGCACCGAGUUCGGCUUCUAUGUCACCUGUGAGAGUCCUCAGUGUCCUUUUACCCAGCUCCCAGCACUGCCCUUCCAGCUAGAGCUGUGUGAACAAGUGUUUGGUAUCUCAGCUGCAUCGGUUGCCCAGGCUGUGGCCCAGACAAAUUCCUAUUAUGGUGGCCAGACCCCCGGAGCCAGCCAAGUACUGUUCGUUAAUGGGGACACAGAUCCCUGGCACGUACUGAGUGUAACACAGAACUUAGGACCCUCUGAGCCAGUCCUUCUCAUUCCUAGUGCCUCCCACUGUUUGGAUAUGGCACCUACGAGGCCUUCAGAUUCUCCCAGCCUCUGCCUGGGACGCCAGAGAAUCUUCCAGCAGUUACAGGUCUGGCUCAAGGAGAUAAAAAAGAGCUAGAAUUGAUGUAGGAUCUAAACCCAGCCCUUCACCAGCCACAUUAUGGCAACUGCAUCUUGGCAUUCUUCUUCACUGUACAAAAGAAAGCAGCUGGCUUGGAAGGAGGAAGUUCCCAGACUUAAGAGUCAGCGCUUGCUCUACGUACCUGUUCUCCAAUCAUCCCCAUUGCCAACUACAAGUGCUUUGUCACAGACCAGUGUAAAAGCAGGCAAAGGAUCACUGUUCUUUGUUGGUAUUCUGUAUGGUAAAUGUCAGGGAAAUGUGGCUGCCCAUGCUUGAGCCUUCUCCCAGAUCAGAAAUCUGGCUUCUGGACUGGGCACCUGCUGCCCAUGAUCUCCACAUCCUGACUGAUUCUGCCAAGUCUUAGUCUGUGAUGGUGAACCUUCAUUGUGAGCUUCUUUGUUACCUGGAUUUAGAAUCACCAUAGAAACAUAACUCUGCACUGUCUCAUCUCUGUGGUCCCAGGUGAAUAAGAAAGGAAAGCUGAGUGCCAGCAUUCGUUUCUCUCUGCUUCCUCUCUGUGGGCAUGGUGUGACCAGCUGUCUCCUGCCCCUACCACCAUACCUCUGUGACUGUGCGCCAAUGCACUAAAGCAAACCCUGCCUUCCUUAAAUGUUUCUCGUCAGUUUUUUUUGGUCACAGCAGCAGGAAGAGAAACUAAUACAGUCUGUUUUUUUCCCUGUGUGUUUCAGCCUGGAGGAAACACCUGCACGACACUUCCCUUCCCCUGGCUCUCUUUUGGUCUUCCUUUUAGCAUCUUCACCCCCUCCCCCUCCCCACCAUCACUCUCCAGUACUUCUAGCUUUCCGCAUGGAAUGUCUUGAGUUCUGAUGCAUCACCCUGAUUUUCUAAGUUUCCUUUUGGGGGUUGAUCCUAGUGCUACACUCAGGUUGUACCACAGCUCACACCUCUGGGCACCUGCCACCAGCUGUAAGGAGCCCUUCAGGAGAGUGACAGUGUCUAAGGAGCAGCCGGGAGAGAGGGAGAGCUGAAAAGAAAAGGGCCUUCCUCUAGCCCUUGCUCUGUGAGGAAGCUCAAAGCAGAGGACAAGCUGUACCACUGCGCCCUUUUAGACAUUUAGAUGUGCGCUGGACGCACACAGGAUGCGUGCUUAUCAUCUGCCAAGAGUCAUGCUGCCCUCCCAAAAAAGAGAAUCAUGCCCUUCCUGUGGAAUCCUCAUACUUGGGGCUUUCCUCCUGCUCUGCUGGGUGUGCCUUUGAAUAUCUUCUGCAAAGUUCCUUUGAGAUUGACACCUGGAUGGGUUGGCAGCUGACCUACCUUCUCCCCUCAAGCAUUCUCAGAGCUGCUGGAGAGGGCUUUUCCCAUUGGAGGGCUUUAAAAGUAACAAUCUCUUGGCAGUGACAUUUUAUAUAUCAUAUCAAAAGCUUUAAAAAACAUGAAAUUAAAAAUCUCAAGCAUAGCCCUCCCUCCUUUCCUUAGAGGGUGUCACUCUCCCAGAGUUGCAAAAAGAAGAAUUUAAUGAAACCACAUCAACUGAAAAACUUCUGUAGAGCAAAGGAAAUAUCAAAAUUGAUAGGCUGUCCCGGGGGAGUUGGAGAAAGCAUAUACUAGUCCUGUGUGAGAUAAGGGACUAAUAUAAAAAAAACAUGAGGAACUCACAUAGCUCAGCAACAAAAGUAAUAAUAAAAUGGGCAAAGUGCUGGACUCAGAAAAAUGAGGCAGAAGAAGAGUGACCUGACCACCAACUUGAGCUCCACAGUGAAAAAUCUGUCUCAAAAAUAAAUAAAUAAAUAAAAAUAACAUGCAACCAUAGAAACCUGACUUAACAUUUUUCCAAAGGAAGCCUAAGAGUGGCCGACAGGUAUAUGAAACCAUUCUCACUAUUAUUAAUCAUCAGAGAAAGCAAAGCAAAACCAGAGGAGGCGGCAUGUACCUCUGCUGGGAUGGUUGUUGUUACCAAAGUACAAGAGAAAGCAAGUGUUGGUGAAAGUGUGGAGAAAAGGGAGCUUUACACCUUGUUGUGUGGAUUGUAAUAGAAAACACUGUGGAAAAGAAGACAGAGGAACCUAAAAAACCAUGUGGCCCAGCAAUCCCUUUAUUGUGCAUAUUUACAAAGGAAAUGAAAUUCAAGCCUUAAAAGCUGGCAAAGGAAG